GAGUACUCCGGUAGGCCGAUAGAGUACACACAGACCGGAUUUGAUAGAAGCUAUACUCUCAAGCCAUAUAGCAACAGAACAGUUGGAUUUUAUCCUUAACCGUGCAAUCUCAAUCUGCUUGUAGUUGAACAUGUCAGGGAAGAAGCUGAUCAACAAGGUUGAGGAUGUGGUCGACGAGGCUCUGGACGGAUUAACCAUGAUUAAUCCUGGAAUCAGGAGAAUAAAAGGACAGAGGGUUCUACUACGUGAGACGGUUGACAAGAAGAAAGUGGCAAUUCUCUCAGGCGGAGGAUCUGGGCAUGAACCCUUCUGUGCCGGAUAUAUCGGGACAGGUAUGCUGACCGCUGGAGUAGCUGGCGGAGUAUUCGCCUCUCCGCCAACCUCUUCAAUACUAGAAGGAAUCAGAGCAAUUGCAACCAAUAAUCCAGCCGGAACCCUAGUCCUGGUAUUCAACUAUACCGGAGACAGGCUAAACUUUGGGAUGGGUGUGGAGAGAGCCAGGGCUCAGGGUCUCAAGGUUGAAAUGUUUGUGAACGGCGAGGAUUGUUCUCUCACCACAGCAGACAAGACUGCAGGACGGAGAGGAUUAUGUGGAACCAUGUUUAUCUUCAAGAUCGUCGGAGCAAUGGCGGAGAGAGGAGACUCAUUGGAUUCCAUCCUAAAAGCAACCAGAUCAAUAUCAGCUAACAUGGGUACAAUGGGGUUAUCUCUAGGCCCUUGCAGCUUGCCAGGACAAGGGCCCCUGUUUAAAGUUGCAGAGGAUAAGAUAGAGAUGGGGUUAGGGGUUCACGGAGAGGCUGGAGUAGGAGAGGUUUCACAUACAACAGCAAACCUAGCGGUCAAACAGAUCAUUGAUCAUAUGACAAAGUCAGAUUCUGCUACGAGGAUUGAUUUGAGAGCGGGGGAGAAGGUUGCAGUAAUCUUGAAUAACCUUGGAGGAACCAGUAAACUAGAGGAGCUUAUCAUUGCAAGGGAGGUUGUCAUGCAGCUGGAGGGUCGGGGGUUCAAGGUGGUCAGAUUGUAUGCAGGACAUAUGAUGACCUCCCUAGAGAUGUCCGGGUUCCUUAUCAGCCUGCUCAAGGUUUCAGACAAUCUGGAGUGGUUGGAGUUGUUGGAUGCUCCGACCUCAGCUCCAGCCUGGCCGGCCAACCUAAUGUCGGAUAAUAAUCGCGACAGAUUUAACCCCGAACCUGUCGAGCCCUCUUCAAUAAAGGUUGAUGAUUGGAAGAUGACCGGAGUAAAGUUGAACGACGCUGCAGCAGUGAAGGUUCAAUCUAUCCUGGAGGAGGUUGCCCGAACCCUACAAGGGUUGGAGGCUAAGUUGAACCUGCUGGAUAGUGGAUCCGGAGACGGGGACUGCGGGUCAACCCAUGCUGUGGGAGCUAAAGCACUACUGGAAGGGUUGGCAGGCCUUGAUUGUAAUCAUCCCUGGAUACUCCUACAGCAGCUUGGAGUACUAGCGGAGAGGAUGGGAGGUUCCUCCGGUGGAGUUUAUUCUCUUCUCUUUACAGGAGCAGCCAGAGCUUUCCAGGAUCAAGUAGGAGGCGAGGUGGAUCCAUUGGCUUGGGUCAGGGCUCUUAGGUUUGGUUUGGAGACGGUUAUGAAGUAUGGAGGAGCUGAACCUGGAGAUAGAACCAUGAUCGAUGCCCUCUACCCGGCCCUCCUAGUCCUAGAGGAGACCGGGGGUAAAACCGGUUCUUUAACAGCAGCCGGUGAAGCUGCUCUGACCGGCGCGAAGAAAACGGCGACGAUGGUAGCUAGGGCUGGCAGGGCAAGCUAUGUGUCUAGAGAUAAGGUUUCUGAAGAGGACCCAGGAGCAGUUGCUGCAGCAGCUUGGUUUAAUGUUAUUACUAGUAACCUUUAAAGUUGCUCCCAAUCCCUCCUAGAACUGCUCCCAUGUCUCCUAGAGCUGCUCCGAUAUCUCUCAGAGCUGUUCACAUCCCACUCAGAGAUGCUCCCAAUACAUGGCAUUUUUCAAAUUGUACAAAUAUUGCUCUUGUUGGAGAUUUCGACUAUACCACUGUGUUUUUAUCAUUUUCAUAGGUGAUAAUUUUUGUUACGGUUUUAGAUUCAAGUUUUACCAAUUUUGCUAGAUUUUCUAUGACACGACAGAAUUAUACUUGUGAAGAAAAUAGGGAUUUGGUAAGUUUUCCAAAUACCAAGGCAUGAGAAAUUUCCAGGAUACCCAGACAUUUGGGAAAUUUCUAAAAUAUUUAAAAUACACCACCAUCAGAUUCCAAUAGAAAUUUGGGGAAUCUCGAAUAUUUCCCAAAUACCCAGACAUUUGGGAAAUUUCCCAGAUACCCAAGUAUUUGGUAUAUUUUUAAGAUUUUGGAAAUAUCUCAAAUGAAUGGAUAUUUGGGGAAUUUCCCAAAAACCUAGGCAUUUCGGAAAUUUCCCAGAUACCCAGGCAUGUGGGAAAUUUCCGAAAUUCCCUUAACCCUGUUGGAAUCUGAUGGUGGUGCAUAUUUAAUAAUUUCCCAAAAGCCUGGGUUUUUGGGAAAUUUCUCAAAUGCCUGGGUUUUUGGCAAACUCCUAUUUUUGACAUUUUUCAUAAUUGCUGUCACUUCCUCUGAUUUUCAUAUCCAAAUAGUUUGAAUUCUAUUUAUUAAAAAUUGCACUCUAAAGUUACCAACAAUUAAAACAGAAAGUUAAAGAUAAAUUUAAUAAAAACAUAGAUACAGUUUUAGAAAUUGUAUUUUCAUGACUACUUUGAACCUAAUUUUUAUAUUUUUAUUUUGAAGAUUAAAAAAGUGUAAUAAAUUCAUAGUCAUAAAGUUGACGAGAGGGCA